GAAGGACCGACCGGUCCAAUCCCAAAUCGUCAACCCCACCAACGAGGCCACGACCUCCACCUCCCCACGCCGGCCCCCUAAUCCUCCGCCGCCGGCGAGCCCCCUGCCCCCCGCUGCAGCCAAUAAACGGCUUCCCACGUUCCCGGUUUCCCUACAACCUUCUUCCCCGUCGACCCUUUCAAGCGCCGCCGCAGCGGAUCACCGGCCAGGGCGCUGCUCCGGCUAACCACCGUCGCGCCUCCGCCGGCAAGAGGCGCCCGCCUGCCCUCGUAGGAUCCUCCCGCGCCGCCCGUCUCGCGACCUUGGGCGCCACCCGUUCUAGGGCCUCCCCGCCGCCGCGGUAAGGCUCCCUUGACGCCACGGCUUCCUCGCCGCCUGCAGCCCCGCGCCGCCUCAAUGUCUCUCCGCGCGGGACCUCGGUUUCCCACUCCGCGCGUGCUUGCUACAGAAUCGCUCAGAUGGAUGCUGCAGGAGCAACCGCCGUCGACCAAGCGGAGGGGCUGCCGCCGCCCAAGACGUUGGUUGACUGGGCGCUGCAGAUCCUCGACACGGCCGACCCCGACGAGAAGGCCCGACUGGGCGACCUCGCCGCCACCCAGUGGUUGCGCGGCGCCAUCCCGCUCCCCUACGACCCGGCGCAGUCCUCGCGGGCCCUGCCGGACCGCCCGGCGCGGAGCGAUGCGGUGCGGCUGCUCCCGCCCUCCCGGAUGCCGAAGCUGGGGAAGGGCGGCAGCGCGCAGAGCCGGCUGGCGAUGCUGCACUCGCUGGCGCACACCGAGAGCUGGGCCGUCGACCUCUCCUGGGACAUCGUCGCCCGCUUCGGCGCGCAGCUCCAAAUGCCCCGCGAGUUCUUCGACGACUUCGCACGCGUCGCGCAGGACGAAGGGCGGCACUUCGUGGUGCUCUCCGCGCGGCUCAGGGAGCUCGGGUCGCACUACGGCACGCUCCCUGCGCACGACGGGCUCUGGGACUCGGCCAUGAGCACGUCGCACUGCCUCCUCGCGCGCCUCGCCGUCGAACACUGCGUCCACGAGGUGAGCAGCUCUGCCUCUGUUCUCUGUAGUUUGGCCUCCUGCCUUUAUUUACUGCUGAUUCGCGUUGGCAUCAGGACACUGAUCCGUAUAGUAAUGCGAAAAUUCGCUCUACACUGUAUGUACAUUGAGCUACAGGCUUUAUAUACAACUAAAUCAUCGUAAUUUCCCUGUGAUGAAUCAAUCAUCAGUUGAUUAGUUCAGUAAUGUUGGCUCCACA